AUGGUCGUAGCGCAUGCACCAAGAGCGAAGGCAGCGAAGCCUCUUCCUCAGUUUGAAGUCGGUCCCGACUACGAAAUUCUGCAUUGUCUGGGCGAAGGAGCAUAUGGAACAGUGGUAGCUGCAUCACAUAAACCCACUGGCCGGCAGGUGGCCAUCAAGAAAAUCCUGCCUUUUGACCACACGCUGUUCUGUCUUCGAACAUUGCGGGAGCUGAAGCUCCUGAAAUUCUUUUCGGAGACCUGUGUCAAUGAGAAUAUCAUUUCCAUAUUGGAUAUAACGAAGCCACCAUCACUCGAAGAGUUCAAGGAAGUGUACUUCAUCCAGGAAUUUAUGCAGACCGACCUGCACCGUGUCAUACGGACACAACAGCUUACUGACGAUCAUUGUCAGUACUUUAUUUAUCAGAUUCUCCGCGCCCUCAAAUCUAUACAUAGCGCCGACAUUGUCCAUCGAGAUCUGAAACCGGCGAACCUGUUACUCAAUGCUAACUGUGACCUUAAAGUCUGCGACUUUGGCCUGGCGAGGAACGUCAAAGCAACGACUCCGGGCACCAAGGAGGCUGGGCUGAUGACUGAAUAUGUAGCAACGCGAUGGUAUCGUGCACCUGAAAUUAUGCUUUCUUUCAAGAUGUACACGAAAGCUAUUGAUUUGUGGGCGGUCGGAUGUAUUCUUGCCGAAAUGCUGACGGGUAAAGCCCUGUUUCCCGGCCGUGACUACGGGCAUCAGUUGAAUCUCAUCCUGGAUAUCAUUGGCACGCCAACUUUGGACGAGUUCUAUUCGAUCACUUCGAGGAGAUCGAGGGAUUAUAUCCGAGCUCUUCCAAUCCGCAAGCGAAGGUCGUUUCAAUCGCUUUUCCCAAAAGCAACGCCCGAAGCCAUUGAUUUCCUACAUAGAACUUUGACUUUCGAUCCCAAGAAGCGCUUGACGGUCGAUGAAGCUCUUGACCAUCCAUACCUUGCUGCAUACCAUGACCCAGAGGAUGAACCAGUAGUAGCAUCCCUUGACCCAGACUACUUCGACUUUGACCAAUACAAAGACGACCUCAGUAAAGCAGAAUUGAAAGAACUUCUGUACGAUGAAAUCAUGUCCUUCGUGCCGGCACUCUGA